CCGGAACCUCUCUACUGUCCGUGUCCGGCCCCUCGUCUCAGCUCACGCCUCCCACGCUCCGACACCUAGCCCGUCUCGUCGGAGCUACGCCGCAAUACAGCCGAGAUGGCGACCGCCAGCGACGGAGGCAAGGGGCCGGGAGCGGCGGCGGUGCCGCCGCAGCUUGAGUCGUUUCUGGCCAUCGGGCUCGACCAGCGCACGGCGGAGAACGCCCUUGCCAACCGCAAGGUCACAGCCAACCUCACCGCCGUCAUCGCCGAGGCUGGUGUUACUGAGUGCCACAAAUCUGUGGGGAAUCUCCUUUACACUGUUGCGACCAAGUAUCCGGCAAAUGCGCUAGUGCACCGACCAGAUCUCAUUAAGUACAUUCUUUCAGAAAAGAUCAAGAAUUCUGCACAAUUGGAUGCUGCUCUGUCAUUUCUUUCUACCUUAGGUCCUGAUUCCUUGGAUCCAGUGAAGUUUGAAGAGGCUUGUGGUGUGGGGGUAGUUGUUUCGUUUGAAGAGAUUCAGUCAACAGUCAAUGAUGUUCUAAAUGAAAAUAUGGAGGCCAUACUGGAACAGCGAUAUCGUAUAAAUGUUGGCAGCUUAUGUGGACUGGUUAGGAAGAGGCAACCCUGGGGUGAUGCUAAGUUGGUCAAGGAGGAAAUUGAGAAAAGGCUUGUGGAAAUUUUAGGUCCAAAGACAGAAGCAGAUAAUGCUAAGCCUAUUAAAAAGAAAAAGGAGAAGCCUGCCAAAGUUGAGGAGGAGAAAACUGUUGCUGCUCCACCUUCUGAGGAGGAACUAAAUCCGUACUCCAUAUUUCCUCAACCAGAGGAAAACUUCAAGGUCCAUACAGAAAUAUUUUUCAGUGAUGGAAAUAUAUGGAGAGCACAUAACACAAAGAGCAUUUUAGAGAAACAUCUUAAAGUAACUGGAGGAAAAGUGAUGACCCGCUUUCCCCCUGAGCCUAAUGGAUACCUUCAUAUUGGUCAUGCCAAGGCUAUGUUCAUUGAUUUUGGACUUGCUAAAGAGCGCAAUGGCCAUUGUUACCUUAGGUUUGAUGAUACGAACCCGGAGGCUGAGAAGAAAGAAUACAUAGACCAUAUUCAAGAAAUUGUCACAUGGAUGGGCUGGGAACCUUACAAAGUUACAUACACGAGUGACUAUUUCCAAGAUCUAUAUGAACUUGCUAUUUGUUUGAUACAGAAGGGACUAGCCUAUGUCGAUCACCAGACCCCAGAAGAAAUUAAGGAGUAUAGAGAAAAGAAGAUGAAUAGUCCAUGGAGAGAUAGGCCCAUUGAGGAGUCGCUGAAGUUAUUUGAAGAUAUGAGACAUGGGUUGAUUGCUGAGGGAAAGGCUACUCUCCGAAUGAAGCAGGACAUGCAGAAUGACAACAAGAACAUGGCUGACUUAAUAGCAUAUAGAAUAAAGUUUACACCUCAUCCACAUGCUGGAGACAAAUGGUUCAUCUACCCAAGCUAUGACUAUGCUCAUUGUUUGGUAGAUUCUCUUGAGAAUAUUACACACUCGUUGUGCACUCUAGAAUUUGAUAUACGUCGUCCGUCAUACUACUGGCUGCUUGUAGCCUUGGGCCAAUACCAGCCAUAUGUCUGGGAAUAUUCAAGGCUAAACAUAUCAAACAAUGUUAUGUCCAAAAGAAAGCUGAAUCGACUUGUCACGGACAAGUGGGUAGAUGGGUGGGAUGAUCCUCGACUAUUGACACUAGCAGGACUAAGAAGGAGAGGGGUAUCAUCAACAGCAAUUAACUCUUUCAUUCGUGGAAUGGGAAUAACAAGAAGUGAUAAUAGCUUGAUUCAAGUUGAACGCCUUGAAUACCAUAUUAGAGAAGAGCUUAACAAAGUAGCCCCUCGAGCUUUGGUUGUUUUGCAUCCUCUAAAGGUUGUCAUAACUAAUUUAGAUUACGGAACGAUAAUGAACCUUGAUGCCAAAAUGUGGCCUAAUGCUCCUGACAGUGAUGCUUCAGCCCACUAUAAGGUUCCAUUUUCAAGAACACUCUACAUUGAAGAAUCUGAUUUCCGCCUAAAGGAUUCGAAAGAUUUCUAUGGGCUUGCUCCUGGUAAAUCAGUAAUGCUGAGGCACGCAUUCCCAAUAAAAUGUGCGGAGGUUAUCUAUGGAGACAAUCCGGAUAGUAUUGUUGAAAUCCAAGCUGAGUAUGACCCUUCCAAGGCUACAAAACCGAAGGGCGUGUUACACUGGGUUGCCGAGCCUUCCCCUGGGGUUGAGCCACUCAAGGUUGAAGUGAGAUUGUUUGAGAAACUGUUUCUUUCAGAGAACCCUGCAGAGCUCGAGGAUUGGCUGGGUGAUCUCAACCCGCAGUCAAAAGAGGUGAUAAAGGGAGCAUAUGCUGUACCAUCACUUGCAAAUGCCGUGCUGGGUGACAAAUUCCAGUUUGAACGCCUUGGUUACUUCGCCGUGGAUUCAGACUCGACGCCUGAGGGGCUGGUGUUCAACAGAACGGUUACCCUAAAAGACUCCUUUGGAAAAGCUGGACCCAAGUGAUCGACUCACCAUCUGCCGAGGAAGAGACUUGCUCGCUUGGCUUGGCGAAAAAGAUUUUGUUGUAAUACUGUUAGUGGUUUCUAAAUAGUUGUAGCACACUGCCCUGCAUGAGAUUCUGUGGGGGUACCCAAUUUUGCAGCGAUGUCACCAACACUGAACUGUUGUUUUCAUUAAUGGUAACUCAAAUUAUGUUUACUUGAUAGUGAGUUUUAUUUAACA